AUGACCGCAACUAAGUUGGUGGAAACUCAAGGUGCCGAGUAUGGUGCCAUUAGGUGAGCGCUUGUGCCACCCGGUGUCCUGUCGUCCAUCCGGACGUCGUCUUGCAUUGGUGGGGCAGGGCAGUUGAGGCGCCCGUUCCCAGGCUCGAGCAUUGGCCUGCUGAGCACAGGGUUCGCAUGGCUACACGGGUGUGGAAGCGACGACGAAUAGUUCGAUGUGGCAAUCAGGUGAGGUGUGCUAAAAGGCUGCUUUUGUGCACUCCUUCUCGACCGCAGGACGGAGCUCGACCAAGAAGCCGUCGAACGCUACCUGGUCACGAACAUGCCGGGAUUCAAGUUAGGGAGCAUCCACCAGUUCUCAUUCGGACAGUCGUGAGUUCAGUACAUGCCUUUGCCUCAGCUCUGGGCUCUUCCUCCAAACACACCACUCAUUCGAACCGCUAUACGGAUCUGCAUCGCGAUCUGGCGGCCCUGCCCGGUCCCAACCCCACAUGCCUCGCCCCCCUUUCUGUGAAUAGGAACCCGACCUACCUCAUCAACUCGGCUUCGGACGCACCGCAGCAGUAUGUUCUCCGCAAGAAGCCGCCUGGAAAGCUCGUAUCCCAAACAGCGCAUGCCAUCGAGCGGGAGUACAAGAUCAUCAAAGCGAUCGGCGAGGAUGGGACCGUGCCCGUGCCCAAGGUCUACGCGCUGUGUCUCGACGCGAGUAUUCUUGGCACACCGUUCUAUGUCAUGGAGUACAUCAAGGUAGGUUUCACUGCGUUUGUGGCGUAUUGGAUGUUCAACAACCUCAUGCCCCGAUGCCUCACUCUUUGCAGGGUCGAAUUUUCACCGACGUGCGAAUGCCCGAGAUCGAGACCAAGGAGGAACGAACCAAGUGCUGGAUGAGCAUCAUCAAAACGCUUGCAUCUUUGCAUAAACUCAACCCAGACAAAAUUGGUUUGGGCGACUUUGGGUCAAAGGCACCGUUCUAUCCUCGCCAGAUCAAGUACGCGAGUUCCUAGGCUAGCGUAGUUCGGGUACAAAUGACACUGGUUUCCUGACCCCAAUUUUGGCGCGUUUCUCACUUUGCAGAUCCCUCAGUCGUGUCUCAAAGGCGCAGGCGCUUGUGAAAGACGAUGCCACGGGGCACGAAGUGGGCGAGAUUCCCGGCUUUGAUUUCCUCAUCGACUGGUACUCCAAAAAUGCUCCUGAGGGUCGCGGACUGGAGGGCGGGGUCAUUCAUGGCGACUUCAAAUGCGACAACAUGGUCAGUUUGAAAGAACCGAAGCAAAGUGACAAUAGAUAAGCGCAAUUUAAACGUACCUGAGCGCUUUGCAGAUCUUCCACCCCACCAAACCCGAAGUUAUCGGCGUUCUUGACUGGGAGCUAUCGACCCUCGGACACCCGUACUCUGAUCUUGCCAACUUGCUUCAGCCAUUCUACGUCCCUGAGCAAGAAGGUGGCCCCCGACCAUCCGCUUUGUCGGCCCUUCGGGACAUUUCCGAAGCCGAUCUCCCGAUCCCUUCGGCUGAACAACUCCUCAAGGCGUAUUGCAAGGAGAUGGGCCAACCGUACCCGCUUCAACGGUGGACUGCCGCGGUAUCUUUCGCCUUCUUCCGGGUGAGCAAAAUCAGAUACAUCUCAUGUCUGGACACGAACUUGCGACGCUGAGGCCAACCUAUGCUCGACCGCGUUCCCUCAGCUCGCCGUCAUUACUCAAGGAAUCGCUGCGCGAGCCGCCAAAGGUCAAGCCUCGAGUGCCAAAGCGAAAUCGUACUCGACAAUGUUCCCGCUUGUUGGUAUGCUUGCUGUUGACACCAUUGAGCGUGCUGGACAGACAGGAGGCGAUAGCAAGUUGUGA